AUGCCCUUAAAGAUCUCCUUACUGAUGUUUCAUAUAUUACCAGUAAUCAACGGAAUACAGCUAGAUGUGCCCAAAUUUCAAAGUAACUUUUAUUUGUCCAGUGUGGGGUAUAAGUCUAUCAGUGAGAUUGGUUUGUAUGAGUGUGCUCGAUGUUGUGGUUUGGAAUCUGGAUGUCAAUCCUUCACUUGCAGCACAACGCAUCUCAGAUGUCGACUUAUCGAAGACGAUUCCAGCACGGCACCAGGAAAAUUCCACGCAAAUCCUGGGUUCAUAUAUGGAAACAGGACCACGGUUGUUUUGAAUGAAGCUCUGAUGGGACCCUGUUAUGACCAUGACUGCCCAAAUUACACUUCCUGUGUGCGUUUGUCGUCCACGUCCCGGAUUUGUAUAAUAACAGCCUGUGGUCCUCCUCCCUUUAUCAUGUAUGAUUCAAACGAUGAUGACGUUUCACAAACCAUGAUUCCUGUUGGGGUCCUCCGGUACCUUCCAUGUCCUUCAGGCACCACAGGAUAUCGCUACGCCACCUGUCUGGCAAAUGGACAAUGGUCAGAGCCGGUUUCUCAUUGUUCAGAUUGUGGAAAUCCACCAAAUAUUUCUAAUGCGAUUGUUUCUGCCGGUAACACGACCAUAGGAUCAAACAGGAUAUACCAUUGUUCUCCUGCAACCAACACUUCCGGUUCCGGUUUCAUUACAUGUCGGCCUAACAUAACGUGGUCUGAACCUUCAUUGGUGUGUAUACCAGACUGUGUUAUCAUAACAAACAUGCAAAAUGCGUACACCACGGCGACAGUAGCACCUGCAGGCAUCACCAUCCAAUACACAUGUGACACAGGCUAUGAAUGGCAGUCUGGGACAGGAGGUAGACUCUGCAACGCGAAUGGUGUAUGGGAAAACUUAGAUAUAACAUGCAGCCAAGACAAUGGUAUGUCCAUUCAAUAUGCCCCACCAUGA